UUUUCUUCGCAGCGUGCCGCGUGUAAGUUUUUCAUAGAAAAAAUUUUAUCAAAAUGUCGGAUUCUGAAGAGGUUGAUUUCGGCGGCGACUCGGGUGCAUCUUCAACUUACCCGAUGCAAUGUUCAGCGCUGCGCAAAAACGGAUAUGUGAUGCUUAAGGGACGCCCUUGCAAGAUAGUGGAUAUGUCUACCUCCAAGACAGGCAAGCAUGGCCACGCCAAAGUCCAUCUUGUUGGCAUCGACAUAUUUACACAGAAAAAGUACGAGGAUAUUUGUCCCUCCACCCACAAUAUGGAUGUGCCGCAUGUAAAACGAGAGGACUUCCAGCUCACCGAUAUUAGUGAUGAUGGCUACCUAUGUCUGAUGAACGACAACGGCGACUUACGCGAAGAUCUCAAGAUUCCCGACAGUGCAUUGGGUACAUCUUUGCGCGCCGAUCACGUUGCCGGAAAGGAGCUUUUGUGCACCGUGAUGAAAGCUUGUGGAGAGGAGUGCGUUAUUGCCGUCAAAACCAAUACUGCUUUGGAUAAAUAAGCUUAUCAGGGUAGUUUCAACCUCUGACCUGAUACUGGAAAAGUGUAAUGAUAUAAUGAAGUAAUAUCAAUUAAAAGAUUCAAAAAUACAAA